AUGAUGUAAGCUAAAACUUACCAUAAACUGGAUUUGGGAUUUCCAUUUUAAAUUUAACAAUUUUAACUUAAUAAGCAAUUUCAUCACAAAAUCCAGUAUUAAUUACAUAAUUGUUAGGAGAAGUGUAUCGAUAUGUAUACUAAAAUGAGCCUAAAUUAAUAGUAACAGUUUCAGAUGACCAUGUACCUUGAAAAUAUAAAUCCACAGAAAAAUAAUACCCGUUUUAAAGCAUUAGAUUAUAAUAAUAUUCUGCUGAAGGAUAUGUACUAUUUAGAGUAAUUAAUUUUGUUAGAUAAUUAGUGCAAGUUAUAUAAUUUGCACAUUUAAAAGUGGAUGGAAUAUAAAAUUCCCUACAAUCAAAAUCAUCGAUAAAGUAUGCGUAUAAAAUUUUCCAUUAUUAAUUCGUAACAUCAAUUAAAGCAAUAAGGAUGAAGAUUAUUGA